UGCUCUGCUCUGCUCUACCAGCUUUUCAGUGAGAGAGAGAGAGAGAGAGAGGGGGGGGAGCGGGAGAGAGAGAAAGAGAGGGAGAGAGAGAGUAAAGGAGAGACAACAGAUACAUUUGCAGACAUGGCAAUUGCAUGGAUUUUUUCUCCUGCGUGCAAGUUUCCACCACUGGGUCCAAUGGGUGUCGGGCAGCCUGUGCCCAUCUCUUGUGUAGCCAGUGACCUGCACUAAGGGACCUGAGUGAAGAGAGGAUCGGAAGAACAGCUCUUUACCUGGGAAUGAGGUGAAGGAGAGCCGGGCACUGUGUGGGCACGGGACCUUUUUUUAAAUGUAGUUUUGCCUCCAGACUGAAACUACCCUGCAGCCCAACGCACUUGCCCCUCCGCCCCCUUCCCCCAAACCCUCCUCCUUGUCGGACCCCUGCUUCUUCUGCGAUGGAGUAAGCCUGCAGGACCUGGCACUGCUACUCCACCCAGGGCAAGAUGCCGGUGAUGAAGGGCCUGUUGGCGCCCCAGAACACGUUUUUGGACACCAUCGCCACCAGGUUCGACGGCACCCACAGCAACUUCCUUCUGGGAAAUGCACAGGGGCAUCGUGGGUACCCUAUCGUGUAUUGCUCAGAUGGCUUCUGCGAGCUCACAGGCUUUGUGCGCACUGAGGUCAUGCAGAAGAACUGCAGCUGUCGCUUCCUGUAUGGGGCGGAGACCAGUGAGCACGUAGCCAUGCAGAUGGAGAAAGCGCUGGAAGGGCGAGAAGAGUACCAGGCUGAGGUGAAGUUCUACAAGAAAAACGGGACAUCUUUCUGGUGUCUCCUGGACAUCGUGCCCAUCAAAAACGAGAAGGGCGAAAUGGUGCUGUUUCUUUUCUCCUUCAAGGACAUCACCGAUACUUACGGAAAGAGCCACCACAACGGCAGGAAAGAAGAUGACAAGAGGCCGAGCAGGAAGACAAGUAGCUCUCACUUCACGGAAGCCAGAAGGCGGGGACGGACUGUGCUGUACCACCUGACCAGCCAGUUCUCUAAAAGGAGCAAGAGUGAGGUCAAGCUGAGCAGUAACGUGUUUGAGAAGCCGUCGCUCCCAGAAUACAAGGUGGCGGCCGUGCAGAAGUCCCGCUUCAUUCUGCUGCACUACAGCGUCUCCAAGGCCCUGUGGGACUGGAUGAUCCUGCUGGCCACUUUCUACGUGGCCGUUACCGUGCCCUACAACGUCUGCUUCACUCCCUACGAUGACUUGGAUUCCGCUGCUCGCAGCACCAUUGUCAGCGACAUCGCCGUGGAGAUGCUCUUCAUCCUGGACAUCAUCCUCAACUUCCGCACCACCUACGUGAGUCAGUCCGGUCAGGUGGUGUACGACGCCCGCUCCAUCUGCAUCCACUACGCUGCCACCUGGUUCUUUGUGGACUUAAUUGCCGCUCUGCCCUUUGACCUCCUCUAUGCAUUCAAUGUCACAGUGACGUCUCUGGUGCACCUGCUGAAGACGGUGCGGCUGCUUCGCCUGCUGCGGCUGCUGCAGAAGCUGGACCGCUACUCGCAGUACAGCGCCAUGGUGCUGACCCUGCUCAUGUCUAUGUUCGCCCUGCUCGCCCACUGGAUGGCCUGCAUCUGGUACGUCAUCGGCCGCAAAGAGCUGGAGGGAAACAACCCCGGCACCUGGGACAUUGGCUGGCUGCAUGAACUGGGGAAGAGGCUGGACACUCCUUACACUAACAGCACUGUGGGGGGCCCGUCGGUGCGCAGUGCCUACAUCGCCUCGCUCUACUUCACCCUCAGCAGCCUGACCAGCGUGGGCUUCGGCAACGUCUGCGCCAACACAGACGCCGAGAAGAUCUUCUCCAUCUGCACCAUGCUCAUAGGCGCCCUGAUGCACGCGGUGGUCUUCGGCAACGUGACGGCCAUCAUCCAGCGCAUGUACUCGCGGCGCUCGCUCUACCACACCCGCAUGAAGGACCUGAAGGACUUCAUCCGGGUGCACCGCCUGCCGCAGCAGCUCAAGCAGCGCAUGCUCGAGUACUUCCAGACCACCUGGUCCGUCAACAACGGCAUCGACGCCAAUGAGCUCCUGCAUGACUUCCCAGACGAGCUGCGUGCCGACAUCGCCAUGCACCUGAACAAGGACAUCCUGCAGCUGCCCAUCUUUGAGUGCGCGAGCAGGGGGUGUCUACGCUCCCUUUCGCUGCACAUCAAGACCUCCUUUUGUGCCCCCGGGGAGUACCUCAUCCGCCAGGGUGACGCCCUGCAUGCUAACUACUUCGUCUGUUCCGGCUCCCUGGAGGUGCUGAAGGAUAGCAUGGUGUUGGCCAUUCUGGGUAAGGGAGACCUCAUUGGGUCAGACCUGCCAGCCCAGGAGCAGGUCAUAAAGACCAACGCGGACGUGAAGGCUCUGACCUACUGUGACCUUCAGUACAUCAGCGUGCGGGCGCUGCGUGAGGUGCUGGAGCUCUACCCGGAGUACGCCAGCCGCUUCACUGCCGACAUCCACCAAAAUCUCACCUACAACCUGAGGGAGGGCAGCGAGGCGGAGGGCCUUACAAGAUUUUCACGAUCACCUAGACUCCCCCACAACCGCCUGGAUCAGGGGCACCUCCCGGAGCACAAACUGCCCUCCAUUGUGGAGGCCGAAGCCGAGCCUGAGGAGUACUUCCACCUCUCUCCCGCCUCCAAGUCCCGCAAGAACCUGAUGCUGCCCAACCUGAGCAGCCCGGUGCGCCGCACCUCCUUGGGAAACCUGCUGGGGGAUGAGCUGAGGCAGUUCAACGCCCUGCGCCACUGCCGCUCCCCCGCUCGGGGCUGCCGGGGCCGUAGCUCCUCCCCCCAGCAGCUGCUGAAGGAGGAGCCUCAACGCUCGCCGGCUCUCCCCCGAGCACCUCCUCCCACCAACAACGCCGAGGCUGGGGCCUGCCGCAAGCCAACCAAGCUGCUCAUUCCUUCCCUCAACUGCUUCGGUCCUCCAGACCUCAGCCCCAGGGUGGUUGACGGGAUUGAAGACAACGGGCACACAUUUCACUUCAACAUAGAGCGGAGCGGGGCCAAAGGCAGUGCGGGCAGCCAGAUGGAAGAUGCCAAUCAAGUGAAUGCCACUCUGCUCCUGGAGACGGAGGAGGUGAGGCAGAGCAUCGCACAGCUCAACAAGGAGAUGAGCCACUUACACCAGGAGGUGGCUCAACUGGGCAAGGAGCUACACCACAUGCUGCACUUCUUACAGGCCCACAUGACGAUGCAGCACUACACCUCCACCCUCUCCACCUACCCCUACGGCGUGCAUGUGGUCCCCAACCCUACUGCCAAUGGCAGCAUGGCCUACAGUGUCGCAGCUGGCCUGCACCUGCACCACGAGCCCGUGAACCUGGAACCUUUGGGCCACCCUGGGGGCACGUGGAACUACAGCGGGUCCCACGGCGGCAGCGCCCUGCCUCGGGCCACCGUCGCGGGUCAGCAGGGGGAGGCGGAAUGCUUACACCAGCCCUCCAGCCCCAGAUCAUCCUGCUUGCAUGCGCACUGCUCCGUGGACCCAGCAACAAACCAGUGCUCAGGCCCAGCCUCUGGCAGCACCCCCAACUCCCCAUACCCGGCCCAUCAGAAGACUCAGACUGGGGCUGGGCCGUCUUUGCUCACCAUCAGUCCGUCCUUCCAGGGGUUCACCUCUGGCCCAGCUUCUCAAGCUGGGUAUGGAGGAAUUGGCGCUGCGUCUGGCCACAGCAGUUCCUCUGUCAACCUCAGCCAGUCCCAGUCAAGCUUGUGUCAGCAGAUACCGCUCGCUUCCGAACACACACACUCACAGUCCAGCACCCCCACAUAUGCCCACUCCUCACUGGCGGCGACCAGUGGUUACACCAACCUCCAUUUCUCCACCAGCCCGCUGCUCCACUCGCCCAAUCCUGGCGUCGCGUCCGGCUCCCUCCACGUCCUGGAUUCCCGGAGCCUCCUGGACCUUCACCAUCUCCCUGGCUCUUCCCACUCAGGGCCCUCCCUCCUCCCCAGGCAGUCGUCACUCACCUCUCAGGAUUCCGGUCCACCGAGACUGGAUGCUUGUGACAGUGACCACUUGUGUGACUCUGCUGGCGUGGAGCACAUCAGUUUGGAGUGCCUGCUUGGUAGGUCAGGGUCCCGGGAGAGGAGGGACAGUGCAACCCCGGAGUCACGGAGGUCCAGUAUUGGAAUUCAGACUCUAGACACAGAGCCCUUCUGGAGUGUGGACAUGGCUGAGUAGCUGGCGUUGGAGAGAUCCUGCUGUUAACACUAGAGCUGCUGCUGAAGCAUGGGGCACCCUGGUUUACAGCCCUGAAAGACAACUUUGGUGUUUGAGUUGAUCUUUUGGGAGUUUUUACUGUAUGUUCUGCCUAUUAUUCACUUUUUUCCUGGUUUAUGCGGCUCACAGCUCUUCUAUGCAAAGCACAUACUUUGUGCACUCCCCAUUCCUUUAUUCCUCCUGUCAUUAUGUGUCAUACUCAUGUAAAGAAUCAUUGUCUCCCAUCUGAUUGUUCGGCCGAGUGGAAGGGCUCUGUAGUCCAUAAUGUUGGGAGAGAAUUACCCCCUUACUAUUGGCAACAAACCUCUUCACUUUGUUUUUUAAUUUUUCUCGGGGGUUUAAAUGUGCAAAAUUGACUAGGAAGGCUUUUUCAAAAACAUUUUUCAUACCCAUUUAGCUAUGUUUUUGGUGAAUUAUUCAGGCAACUCAGUGGAGGUCACCAAUACAACAAGGUACUUCAUUACAUAACUGGAAAAAAUGAUGAGACAAUUAAAAUGUACUUGUUGUACUGUGGUCCUACAUUGGAUGGGAAAGUCAAACGUUUCAUUUACCCUCACUCAAGCAUUUGAACUGUGUCACCCACAGUACUCAUGUGGAUAAAACACACCUUUGUCACAAAGAAAAGCUGUUUAUGGAUAUUGUCUUACCUUCUCAGUUGGUAAAGUUCAUUAAUUCUUUUUUCCUAAGGAAAAGGUAUCCAGCUGAAAUGUGUUUACAUUGUGAAAGACUUCGAUUGUCCUGAGAACACUGGCAAGAGGAGUCAGUGGACACCCACUUUAAUUAAUGCACUCUCUGAAUGACACUGGAGGCUUUGGUUUUUCUAUGUAGCUGAUUAAUGAAAUGCUCAAUGGUAUGCCUUGUAAAAUCCUUUCUUUUUAUACAAAGAUAUUUAUUAUGUUUUUAAUAUAUGUGAAUUGAUGAGACACAGAAAUGGAUUUCCACAGAACAAGUUUUGUAUUGAGGGCAAUGUGUUCUUUGUCUACAGUUUUAUCACAGUUAGCAUCAUUUUGGGCUGAAAUGUAGUUAUAACAUACACAGUCGGCAGUAUAUGUCUGAAAUCAGACCCCUGUCUGCUAUGCAAAUUAGUUGGAGAGAACUUUGACACAUCUGCUGAUUUUCACAUGACUCAAAUUGUGUCAAACCUUCAUUGAUGUGCUGGUGUGAUUUGAUGUGAUUUACUCUAGGCGUAUCUCCCGCUCAAUAACAAAGCACUGGAAUUUGCCUUGUUCUACGUAUCAUGGCUGUCACUCUGCAUUGGGUUGCUGUGGCCCACCGCACUUUAAUCACACUUGUUGUCUUCUUAUUCUCCUCUGUUUGCUUUGGCCCUGCAAAUCAUUACCACUCAAAAACUUUUACUAAAAUAUAUUCCUGUCUGAGCCAAAAUGAGGUUCUAUGGGAUUUUGUGGAUUAGAAUGCCUCCCUAAUACUUGCAUAUGACCACAGGAUUCGAUCUGUUGUGGUUGUGUAUUUUAUGACCUGCUUGGUAUUUUAAGACAAAUUGCAUGCUUGCAUGCCAGCACGAAAGACACAAGCUCAUUGAGAGCCAUCAACACAGGUGCCCACUAUAUCUUUAGUAAUUAAUGGCUUGUGAAGUUUCUCCUCAACUGGCUACGUUACAUGCAUGAACGAUUUAUAGGAUGUACACUGCUUGGAUAGUUUGCUUUCCAAUGCGUAGAUUCAGUGACAGUUCAACUGAAGCUUGGACUGAGUUUCCGAGGUUGUGACCUCUUACAUAAAGCUGCUGCUUUAGUUUAUGAAAUAAGACUGACACUAUCUAUGAGAUGUUAGGUAUUCUCUGUAGUAGGCUCUGCCAUGAGAAAUGGCUCUUGUAGUUUUUUGAAAAAAAAAAACAAGUAAAACAUUUCCAUAUGUUUCUGCUGCCCUCUCCCAACUGUCACAUACUAUUGUUUGCAGAAUACAGUAAAUAAGAAUGUCUCAAAUAAGGACUCUUUAAAAAAGUGGUCAACCAAGCGGGAUUCCCUGUUUUCUGCAUAACAUGUAUAUUAAAUAACUUACACAAUAUAUCAUCCUGAGGGUGGAGUCUGUGGGGAGAACAGUACUAUGCUGUAUAUGUACAUUGGAAUAUAAGUUACUGCAAAAAUUCCUGCAUUGGAAUAGGUCACUGCAAAAAUUCCUGCAUUGGAAUAUAGGUUACUGCAAAAAUUCCCACAGUUGAAUAGAGCUCCAAAUCAGUUUACAGAAACAAAGUCAGAAACAAAAGGCUAUCUGUCUAGUUCUAUCACAUUUUAAUUCACAGCUAUGGAUAUUGUUUCUUUUACAGUCCACACAGACAAUUAAAAAAACAUGCUCCAUUGCAAAUGGUCUGGGAAUCUGGUGCUCCAAUUUGCGACAAGAACAAUACCGGUUAAUGGCAGAACCCUUGCUCAGAACCAGCACGAAUAAGAGGAAAAAGAAGGCUGAGCCUCUUGAGUAUGUUGUGCAUUUUGGUGACCAUGGAAACUGGUUUCAAAACAACCAUUUGGAAAAAAAGGGUGGUUCAGAUGUUAUGUAAAUACAAGGCUUAUAACACUUCAGGUUUUUCACGCCUUCAAAGCAUCUGGCCAUGUUGCUUAUUCUGGUUUCAAGGUAGAUAACACUAUUUUAGGAAUCUCCCCUUUAUUUUAUAUAUAUUUUUAAUUUUGUAUUUUAUUUAUUUGUUCAGUUAAGUUAUAAAUUAUUUUAUUAAAAUGUUCUGAAAUG